AUGCCAUUUGGUCGUCGCCACCGCGAAGAGAAACUUGCGAAAGGUGCCCCACGCGCCUCAGGCGCGUACCCAGAUGGGCAUGUCCCGUUGGGCACGUGGCUCAGACUCCAUGGUGUCGACAUUAUAACGAUGGCCCUUAUGGCGCCGGCGCCAAGUAGAUCAUUCCCAGUUUACUUCGCGGAUGGACAAGUGGUGUACCCACAGUUCGCAUACCCCCUCCGCAAGGAGAUCAUUCCCAUAUGGGCCGCCGCCCUAAUUGCAUUCUUCGUUCCAUUUUUCUUCAUCUGCCUGUUCCAAGCCCGCCGCAGAAGCAUGAACGAUCUCCUCACCACGACAAUGGGCGUGCUAAAAAGUCUCAUCACGGCUGCUGUAUUUCAGGUCUUCAUUAAAUGGUUAAUUGGUGGCCUCCGUCCCCACUUCUACGCCGUAUGCCGACCCUCAGUACCAGCCGGUGCAGCUCCCUCCGGCAAUGGUUUCAGCUCUCUCAUGUACGAUAGAAGAAUUUGCACCGGUGACAAAAAGCAAAUCAAUGAUGCCCUCGAAUCUAUGCCAUCUGGUCAUUCAACGGCAGCCUUCGCGGGUCUCAUCUUCUUGUCGCUCUACCUGAACGCGCAACUCAAGGUGAUGAGCGCGCAUAAUCCGGCGUAUUGGAAGAUGGUUCUGUUCUUUGCCCCCAUACUAGGCGCGGUACUCAUCGCUGGAGCUCUGACAAUUGACGAAUUCCACAACUGGUACGACGUUGUUGCAGGAGGCAUAAUUGGGUCCAUCACUGCCUACAUUGCUUUCCGUCAAACCUUUGCCGCUGUGUUUGACUUCAGAUUCAACCAUCUUCUUCUACCGCGUAGUUCCUCCAUUUUCCACCACACACCAUUCAUCGCCAGCGGGUCAUCAAGUCCAUUCUUCACCUAUCGCGAUGGUGCAGGGAUGGGCUUGGCGGGAGACCAGUUGAGUGGAGAGCACUUGCCAUUCACUAGGGAAGGUGGGUGGGGAUGGGGCGAAGAAGCGUACGCUGGCGCGCCAUUCGACGCCUCGGGCCUCAACAACGGGUCCGCCGGUCUUGGUGGGGGAUAUGGCGGAAAUAAUGCACCCCCCCGAACAGGUCACGGAGGCAAUCUUGGAAGGGCUGAGGCAGGUGUUGCACAACCACAUAACGGCCUCGCAGCUUCGGGAACGAUAACUUAG